AUGGCAAACGACUCAAUACAAAGUGACCCCGGUGGGCUGACGGUUUUGGAGCAACUCGGUUUGGACCAGAACUCAGACUUUUCCGACUCCAAUGUUCAGCAACUUCUGGAAGAGCAACGUGAAAGGAUCCGGAGAGAAAUCCGCAAAGAGCUCAAGAUCAAAGAAGGCGCUGACAAUCUGCGACGAGCCACUACUGACAAGAGGAAUGCUCAACAGGUGGAAAAUCAGCUGAGAAGCUCCAAUCGCAAACUGGACGAUCUACACGCUCAGCUGCAGGAACUGGACGCCUACAUUGUGGUCAAAGGAGGAGACGAGAAUAAAGACGAAUGCCCACAGUCUCCUGGGGCAGAGAGUCGGACCUCAGCUCACAAGGAGCGCAUCGCGGCCCUGGAGCGACAACUCAACAUAGAGCUGAAAGUCAAACAGGGCGUCGAAAACAUGAUCCCAAUCUAUGCAAACGGAUCCACUAAGGAUAAGAAGAUGUUGCAGACAGCUCAGCAGAUGCUUCAGGACAGUAAGACCAAAAUUGACAUCAUCCGGAUGCAGGUUCGCAAAGCUGUGCAGGCCACGGAGCAAAAUGACGACACACAAGGUAACCAUGACUUGUGUGGAGUAGAGCUGCGCAUAGAGGAGCUGAGGCAUCACUACAGGGUGGAACAUGCUGUGGCUGAGGGGGCCAAAAACGUUCUUCGCCUUCUGGGUGCCAGCAAGGUCCAAGACAAGAAGGCUCUGUCAGAGGCACAGACUCGACUGAGCGAAGCUUCUCAAAAGCUGGAUCUUCUGAGAGACUCUUUGGACCAGCGCCUUGCUGAACUGCCAGAGGACCAUCCCAAAGCGAAUGUCAUCAAAGAGGAACUUGUCCUGGCCUCUUCUCCAGCCUUCAGCUCUCGUCACGGCGCCCCCUACCUUCAUAACCAGUACAGCACGUUAAACAAGCCAUCACCUCUAACUGGUACGCUACAGGUACAGCUGGUGGGAUGUGUGGGUCUGCUGGAGGUGGUCCCAGGUCGCUGUAAAGCCACUGCUGUGAUGUUACCCUGCUACAGCCCCGGAGACUCCAAAUCCUUCAUGAGAGGAAGCAAAGGGCUGUACGGGCGCAGCGGCUCUGUCAGUGGAAAAACACCCAGCAAAACAGACGAGCUCUCUGUUGAAGUGAGUGCAGUUUUGAAGCUGGACAACUCUGUGGUGGGACAAACGGCCUGGAAGACCGUAGGGGAACAGGCGUGGGACCAGACCUUCACUGUAGAGUUGGAGAGGACUCGGGAGAUGGAAAUCACUGUUUACUGGAAGGACUAUCGCUCGCUAUGUGCCCUCAAAUACCUGAAGCUGGAGGAGUUUCUUGACAACCAAAAACACAGAGUCCAGCUGGAGCUAGAGCCACAAGGCCUUUUGUUGGCUGAGGUGACCUUUUUUAACCCUGUGAUCGAGAGAGUGCCUCGUCUGCAGAGGCAAAAGAAAGUCUUCUCCAAACAGCAAGGCAAAGCUUUUCUUCGAGCUCGUCAGAUGAAUGUAGACAUUGGGACGUGGGUGAGGCUUCUCAGAAAUGCUAUUCCCACAGUCAACAACUCCGGCACCUACAGUCCGAACGCACACAGCCUCACACUGAACAGCGGGGAGAUCUCAGUGGAAAAGUUGAGUUUGGACGACUCUCCCAUUAAAGGCGAUUACAAGAGAGAAGUGGAUAUACAAACCCCGGACCGACUGCAAGCCAUUGACCCCAUAUCUCCCCCAAACCUCCCCUCAGAGAGCCAUGCCCAAACCCCACCCAUUAGCAGUAAGCAAAGAAGAGGACCACUUUCCCUGCAAGAUUUUAGAUUGAUAGCUGUGCUGGGAAGAGGACAUUUUGGAAAGGUUUUGUUAUCAGAAUACAAAAAGACAGGAACAAUGUAUGCCAUUAAAGCACUAAAAAAGGGGGAUAUCGUAGCACGAGAUGAAGUUGAAAGCUUGAUGUGCGAAAAGCGUAUUUUUGAGACCGUAAACCUGUCCCAUCACCCUUUCCUGGUGAAUCUGCUGGCCUGUUUCCAGACUGCGGAGCAUGUGUGUUUUGUCAUGGAGUACACAGCGGGGGGCGACCUCAUGAUGCACAUUCACACUGACGUCUUCACCGAGCCGCGGGCCGUGUUUUAUGCGGCAUGUGUCGUUCUUGGGCUUCAGUUCCUCCAUGAUCAUAAGAUUGUAUACAGGGACCUUAAGCUUGACAACCUUCUACUCGGCACGGAUGGCUAUGUCAAAAUAGCUGACUUUGGCCUUUGUAAAGAAGGGAUGGGUUUUGGGGACCGGACAAGCACAUUCUGCGGCACCCCGGAGUUUUUGGCCCCAGAAGUUCUGACUGACACGUCGUACACAAGGGCCGUGGACUGGUGGGGCCUCGGGGUCCUCAUCUAUGAAAUGUUGGUGGGAGAGUCCCCAUUUCCAGGAGAUGACGAAGAGGAGGUGUUUGACAGCAUUGUGAAUGAUGAAGUGCGUUACCCACGAUUCCUUUCUACUGAGGCCAUUGGCAUCAUGAGAAGACUGCUACGGAGGAACCCUGAGCGGCGACUUGGCUCUGGUGAAAAAGAUGCAGAGGAGGUGAAGAAGCAGCCUUUCUUCAGGAACGUGGACUGGGAAGCGCUUCUUCAGAAAAAGGUCCCUCCACCGUUUGUGCCCAUUAUCGGCGGCAAAGAAGACGUGAGUAACUUUGACGAGGAGUUCACCACAGAAGCUCCCACCCUGACUCCUCCUCGAGAGCCACGCGUUCUCUCCCGGAAAGACCAGGAAAGCUUCAGAGACUUUGAUUACGUCUCGGACCUCUUGAACGCCACGUCCGCACGGGGCAGUAUUGAGUCACUACAUGAAGCUGCUGCUCAGUUUUUCAAGAUGUCGUCGCUGGAACAGAGGCUUUCGCGAAUUGAGGAGAAACUAAAACAAGAAAAUGAAGAGGCUCGGCGAAGGAUCGACAUUAACAUCGACAUGAGUCCACAUCGGUCACGCCCCCCCAGGCCAAUCAUCGUGAUCCAGCUCAGUCCUGCUCCAGCUCCCUCCCAACGCGCAGCACUUCCACUGCCACUGGCCAACGAUGGAGGCAGCCGCUCAUCCUCAUCUGAGAGCUCACCCCAGCACCAUCCACACCUCAACCGGCCCAGGAACCUGCUCACCCUCCCCACGCCACCAUAUGGACAACAGAAGAGCCUAGAGAAUGCAGAGAUAGACCAGAAAUUGCAAGAGAUCAUGAAUCAAACAGGUUAUCUGAAGAUUGACGGUCAGCGUUAUCCGGCCGAGGUGACAGAUCUAAUCAGUGAAGGAGAGAUUGGCAAUGGGACAUGUGGACAGGUCUUUAAAGUGCGCUUUAAGAAGACUAACCAUGUUAUUGCUGUCAAGCAAAUGCGUCGAACAGGAAACAAAGAUGAAAACAAACGAAUUCUUAUGGACCUAGAUGUUGUGCUCAAGAGUCAUGACUGCCCCUACAUUAUUCAGUGCUAUGGAGCUAUAGUUACUAACACUGAUGUAUUUAUUGCCAUGGAGUUAAUGGGAACAUGUGCAGAGAAGUUAAAGAAGAGAAUACAAGGCCCCAUCCCAGAGUCAAUCUUAGGAAAAAUGACAGUAGCUAUAGUAAAGGCAUUGCUAUACCUGAAGGAGAAACAUGGUGUAAUACACAGAGACGUCAAACCCUCCAACAUCCUUUUAGAUGCCAAGGGUCAGAUCAAAUUGUGUGACUUUGGCAUCAGCGGGCGACUCGUCGACUCCAAGGCCAAGACGCGCAGCGCUGGCUGUGCUGCAUACAUGGCACCUGAGAGAAUAGAUCCCCCAGAUCCCACCAAACCAGACUAUGACAUUCGUGCUGAUGUGUGGAGUCUUGGCAUCUCUUUGGUGGAGCUGGCCACAGGACAGUUUCCCUAUAAAAACUGCAAGACAGAUUUUGAGGUUCUGACCAAAGUGCUACAGGAAGAUCCUCCUCUGCUCCCUAUUAGCAUGGGCUUUACUCUGGACUUCCAGUCCUUUGUUAAAGACUGUCUCACAAAGGAUCACAGAAAAAGGCCAAAAUAUCAUCCGCUUCUUGAGCAUAAUUUUAUCCGACGUUAUGAAGUGCUUGAUGUGGAUGUUGCCGGUUGGUUCCAGUCGGUAAUGGAGCGCACAGAGUCUCCUCGCAGCAGUCAGUGUUACAGCCACCAGCACCAGCUCCACUCGCUCUUCAGACUCGAUACAAAAGUGCCUGUCGCUGAACUACAAAUUAAAAUGUCGGACGCAGACAAGUUCCUGUAUGGGGACCGCGAUGGGGUCAACAACCCUCUGGCCCAGGCUGACUGGUCCUCCAAAAAGCUGGUGUGGAUACCGUCUGAGAAGGUGGGCUUUGAGGCCGGGUCUCUCAAAGAGGAGAAGGGAGAGGAGUGUCUUGUCGAGCUGGUUGACUCUGGAAAAAAGGUCAAAGUAAAUAAAGAUGACAUCCAGAAAAUGAACCCCCCCAAAUUCAAUAAAGUGGAGGACAUGGCGGAGCUGACCUGUCUGAACGAGGCUUCAGUUCUGCACAACAUCAAAGAGCGAUACUACUCCGGCCUCAUCUAUACGUACUCUGGUCUCUUCUGUGUCGUAGUCAACCCUUACAAGCACAUUCCCAUCUACACCGAGGAGAUCGUGAACAUGUACAAGGGCAAGAAGAGGCACGAGAUGCCCCCUCACAUUUACGCCAUCACAGACAACGCGUACCGCAGCAUGAUGCAGGACCGCGAGGAUCAGUCUAUCCUUUGCACGGGGGAAUCUGGAGCAGGAAAAACAGAAAAUACCAAAAAAGUUAUUCAAUACCUGGCCCAUGUUGCAUCCUCUUCCAAAUCUAAGAAAGAUCAGGCCCAUGCAGUUUUGACACAUGGAGAACUGGAGAAACAGCUGUUGCAGGCUAACCCUAUCCUGGAGGCUUUUGGUAAUGCAAAGACUGUCAAGAAUGACAACUCUUCCAGAUUUGGAAAAUUCAUUCGGAUCAACUUUGAUGUCACCGGCUACAUUGUUGGAGCCAACAUUGAAACUUAUUUGUUGGAGAAGUCUAGGGCUAUUAGACAAGCUAAAGAAGAACGAAGCUUCCACGUUUUCUAUUAUAUGCUCACAGGAGCCGGAGAAAAGCUGCGCUCUGAACUUUGCCUCGAGGAUUACAGCAAAUACCGGUUCUUAUCCAAUGGCAACAUGACCAUUCCCGGUCAACAGGACAAAGACUUGUUCACUGAAACCAUGGAGGCGUUUGAAAUUAUGGGCAUCCCAGAAGAGGAGAGAAUAGGUUUGUUGAAGGUAGUGUCUGCAGUUUUGCAGCUGGGAAACAUGACUUUCAAGAAGGAGCGUCACUCAGACCAGGCCUCCAUGCCCGAUGACACAGCUGCUCAGAAAGUGUGUCAUCUUCUCAGCAUUAAUGUGACCGACUUCACUCGAGCCAUUUUAUCUCCACGUAUCAAGGUUGGCAGAGACUAUGUACAGAAGGCCCAGACUCAGGAACAGGCAGAGUUUGCUGUGGAGGCACUGGCUAAAGCGUCUUAUGAGAGGAUGUUUCGCUGGUUAGUGAUGAGGAUUAACAAAGCGCUGGACAAGACCAAACGACAGGGCGCAUCCUUCAUUGGUAUCCUGGACAUCGCAGGAUUUGAGAUCUUUGAGUUGAACUCGUUUGAGCAGCUGUGCAUCAACUUCACGAAUGAGAAGCUGCAGCAGCUGUUCAACCACACCAUGUUCGUCCUGGAGCAGGAGGAAUACCAGCGCGAGGGCAUCGAGUGGAGCUUCAUUGACUUUGGCCUUGACCUGCAGCCCUGCAUCGACCUCAUCGAGAAGCCGGCUGGGCCUCCAGGGGUCUUGGCUCUGCUCGACGAGGAGUGCUGGUUCCCCAAAGCCACAGACAAAACCUUUGUGGAGAAGUUGGUGCAGGAGCAGGGGACUCACCCAAAGUUUCAGAAACCUAAGAAACUCAAGGAUGACUCUGACUUCUGCAUAUUUCACUAUGCAGGAAAGGUCGACUACAAAGCGGAUGAGUGGUUGAUGAAGAACAUGGAUCCAUUAAAUGAGUGUGUAGCCACUUUGCUGAACCAGUCCACUGACAAAUUCACUUCUGAUUUGUGGCGAGAUGUGGAUCGCAUUGUCGGAUUGGAUAAGGUAGCGGGUAUGUCAGACUCCAUGCAUGGUGCAUUUAAGACCCGCAAAGGCAUGUUUCGCACGGUGGGUCAGUUAUACAAGGAGCAACUGGGAAACCUGAUGACAACACUGAGGAACACAAACCCCAAUUUUGUCCGAUGUAUCAUUCCCAACCAUGAGAAAAAGGCUGGUAAACUGGAGCCUCACCUGGUUCUGGACCAGCUGCGCUGUAAUGGAGUCCUGGAGGGGAUCCGAAUCUGCAGACAGGGCUUCCCCAACCGCAUCGUCUUCCAGGAGUUCAGACAGAGAUAUGAAAUCCUCACUCCUAACGCAAUUCCGAAGGGCUUCAUGGAUGGGAAACAGGCCUGUGUUCUGAUGAUCAAAGCUCUUGAGUUGGACCCCAAUUUGUACCGUAUUGGUCAAAGUAAAGUAUUUUUCCGAGCUGGAGUCUUGGCUCAUCUGGAAGAGGAGAGAGACAUGAAAAUCACUGAUGUCAUCAUCAGUUUUCAGGCCUGGUGCAGAGGAUAUGUGGCUCGCAAAGCUUUUGCCAAACUACAACAGCAGCUUACUGCAAUGAAAGUUAUUCAAAGAAACUGUGCCGCCUAUCUCAAACUCAGAAACUGGCAAUGGUGGAGGCUUUUCACAAAGGUGAAGCCAUUGCUUCAGGUGAGCCGUCAGGAAGAAGAGAUGCUGGCCAAAGAAGAGGAGUUGUUAAAAAUAAAGGAGAGACAGGUCCAGGCUGAGCAGUUGGUGGGAGAGUUGGAGUCCAAGCAGAAGCAGCUUUCUGCUGAGAAGCUAGCACUUCAGGAGCAGCUUCAGGCCGAGACAGAGCUCUGUGCAGAGGCUGAGGAGAUGAGAUCCAGGCUGGCCAAUCGCAAACAAGAGCUGGAGGAAAUCCUUCAUGAUCUGGAGUCUCGUCUGGAGGAGGAAGAGGAGAGGGUCACACAGCUGCACACAGAGAGAAAGAAAAUGCAGCUGAACAUAAAUGAACUAGAGCAGCAGCUGGAUGAGGAGGAAGCUGUGAGACAGAAACUUCAGAUGGAGAAGAUGACCACAGACGCCAAAGUGAAGAAGAUGGAGGAGGAUGUGAUGUUUCUCGACGACCAGAACAACAAACUCUCAAAGGAAAAGAAACAGCUGGAAGAGCGUAUCUCAGAGUUUACAACAAACUUGGCAGAAGAGGAAGAGAAAUCUAAAAGCUUACAGAAACUCAAGAAUAAACAUGAAGCCAUGAUCACAGACUUGGAAGAUCGUCUGCGAAAGGAAGAGAAACAUCGUCAGGAAUUGGAGAAAAAUCGACGUAAGUUGGAGGGAGACUCCACUGAUCUCCUUGACCAGAUCGCAGACCUGCAAGCUCAGAUCGCUGAGCUCCGGGCUCAACUUGCCAAAAAGGAGGAGGAGCUACUGGCUGCUCUGUCCAGGAUUGAAGAACAGUCUGCAGCAAAGAACACAGCCCAGAAGAACAUCCGAGAGCUGGAGGCUCAGAUCUCGGAGCUGCAGGAAGAUUUGGAGCUGGAGCGACAGGCGCGAUCCAAGGCUGAGAAAAACCGCAGGGACCUGGGGGAAGAGCUGGAGGCUCUGAAGACCGAGCUGGAGGACACACUGGACUCAACGGCAGCGCAACAAGAACUCAGAUCCAAGCGCGAGACUGAAGUUAACCAGCUUAAAAUAAACCUAGAAGAGGAGGCAAAAAUCCAUGAGCAGCAGAUGGCUGAUAUGAGACACAAGCACAACCAAGUGUUUGAAGAGCUGAACGAACAGCUGGAGCAGGCCAAAAGGAGUAAAGCAUCGGUGGAAAAGUCCAAGCAGGCGUUGGAGAGUGAGUGGAACGAGUUGCAGAUUGAACUGAAGAAUCUGACACAAAGUAAAGGAGAUUCCGAGCACCGCCGCAAAAAGGCUGAAUCUCAGGUCCAAGAACUUCAGGUCAAAUUUGGAGAGAGUGAGCGACAGAGGAACGACAUGUCCGAAAAAAUGGGCAAGAUGCAGUCUGAGCUGGACAAUGUAAACAAAUUGUUGUCGGAAGCAGAAGGCAAGAACAUAAAAUGCAGCCAAAAUGUGUCUUCUCUGGAGUCUCAGCUUUCAGACAUACAGGCGCUGCUUCAAGAAGAGACACGUCAGAAGCUGUCUAUAUCAAGUAAACUCAGACAAAUGGAGGAGGAACAGAACAAUUUAAAGGAGAUGCUUGAAGAAGAGGAGGAGAGUAAGAGAAAUGUGGAGAAACAAAUGUCUACUCUGCAGGCACAGCUGGCAGACAUGAAGAAAAAGCUUGAGCAAGAGGCUUCAUCUCUGGAGGGAACUGAGGAGGGACGCAAGCGACUCCAGCGAGAGAUGGACAGUUUAAUGUUGCAGUUGGAGGAGAAGACUGCCGCCUAUGACAAAAUGGAAAAGACAAAGAACCGUCUUCAACAAGAAUUUGAUGACCAAAUGGUGGACCAGGACAACCUGAGACAGAUAGUGUCCAACUUGGAGCGGAAACAGAAGAAAUUUGACCAGAUGCUGGCAGAGGAGAAGACUAUUUCCUCCCAAUACGCUGAAGAGCGGGACAAAGCUGAGGCAGAGGCCAGGGAGAAGGACACACGAGCUCUGAACCUGGCCCGAGAGCUGGAGACUAUGAGCGGCAUGAAGGACGAUCUGGAACGAACCAACAAGACUCUUAAAGCAGAGAUGGAAGAUUUGGUCUCCUCCAAGGAUGAUGUUGGCAAGAGUGUUCAUGAGCUGGAGAGAUCCAAACGAGCCACAGAGCAGCAACUGGAGGAGAUGCGAGUGCAGCUGGAGGAGCUGGAGGACGAGCUUCAGACCACAGAAGACGCCAAGCUGCGUCUGGAGGUGAACAUGCAGGCCAUGAAGGCCCAGUUUGACAGAGACUUGCUGGCCAGAGACGAGCAGGGAGAGGAGAGGAGGAAACAGCUCGUCAAGCAGGUGCGUGAAAUGGAGGUGGAACUCGAAGAGGAGCGCCGCCAGCGUACUCUUGCACUUUCAUCCAAAAAGAAACUAGAAAUGGAUUUGGUAGAACUGGAAAUCCAGAUUGAUGUCGCAAACAAGGCCAGAGAUGAGGCACUGAAACAACUGAAAAGGCUGCAGGCACAAAUGAAAGAACUAAUGAAAGAAGUAGAUGAUCUGCGCUUUUCCAGAGAUGAAGCUGUUAAUUCAGCAAAAGAGACAGAAAAGAAACUUAAGACUAUGGAGGCGGAUGCCAUGCAACUCCACGAGGACCUGGCGACAGCAGAGAAAAUGAAAAGACAGGCCCAGACUGAGAGAGAUGAGCUGCAAGAGGAGAUUAACAGCACAAAUCUAAAGAGUUCAUCAUUGACUGAGGAAAAGAGGCGUCUGGAUGCUCGCAUUGCUCAACUUGAAGAGGAGCUUGAGGAGGAACAGCUCAACACUGAGAUGGUCAAUGAUCGCAUGAAGAGAUCCACACUUCAGACUGAACAGCUGACUACAGAGCUGUCAGCAGAGCGCAGUAAUUCUCAGCGCUUAGAGGGGACACGCGCUCAGCUCGAUCGUCAAAACAAAGAGCUGAAGCUGAAGUUACAGGAGCUUGAGGGAACAAUCAGGUCUAAAUACAAGUCUAACAUCACAAUCCUCGAGGCCAAGAUCAGUCAGCUGGAAGAGCAGCUUGACAUAGAGUCCAAGGAACGUCAGCAGGCUUCUAGACUGGCCAGACGCACUGAAAAGAAACUGAAAGAAUCACUGCUGCAGAUUGAAGAUGAAAGACGCAACGCUGAACAAUACAAAGAUCAGGUGGAUAAGACCAACAGCCGUAUGCGGCAGCUCAAGCGGCAGCUGGAGGAGUCUGAGGAGGAGGUGACUCGUGCCAAUGCGUAUAGAAGGAAGUUGCAGAGAGAGCUGGACGAUGCUUCAGAGUCUGCUGACGUCAUGAAUAGAGAAGUGAGCACUCUAAGGAGCAAGCUCAGACGUGGAGACCUUCCUUUAAAUAUACGCCGGACCACAAAUCGUUCAGGAAUAGACAGUGAUGAGGAUAUGGAUGCAUCUCCAGAGACACCAGAGCCUGCAGAGGAAAGUACACGUUAUGAAGGUCUGGAGUCUUGUGGGAGACAUUCUUCACCAGAGUUGAGGUGA